CUUAAGGCCACCCAUCUUUGGCCCGAAUGUUCCAAGCUAAUGAGGCUGCGCACUGCCGUGUUACCUUAUGUGCCUCGACACCUCAGAUCCCUGCAUACAUGGCUGCUGUAUUUAUCUUGCCACUGGAGUUGGACACCGAGGUUUCACCCAUGCCCUCCGCCAGUGCGAAAGAAAUAGCCGCCAACUCAGCUGGCACUUCGUCGAGCUUCAACAUGAACUGAUCUCAUCCUGGGCCAGGAAUAAUCCCAGAACAGAAAUGCAUGCCCCCAAUGCUUCUGUCUUUUCACAGGCUUCCACCAGAAGUAUACUAGUCAAAGGAAAGGUGAAUACUACUCAAAGAGCAGCAGCACUUGGCAAUUGAUGAAUCCGCACCGUCCGGACUUGGAUCCUCUGCCGGAUAGGGCCCCAAAUCAAACGGUGUAUGCCUCCGGAAGAUCGUGCCAUCUUCUGCAAGCACAAUGGCGAGAAGUGGUCGGCCUGCGUCUCAAUCGGACUUCGAGUACAAUGGCACUUUCGAAGCUUUGCCAUUGCGUCCAAUCUACCAACCCAGUCCCACGACCGCCGCGGUUCCAUUGCUAGAUCAACAACAUGAUUCUCAAGAGCCAUUAUCAGCUCCGCAGACCACGGCUACUGGGUCCUUGCGUUCUGGAAACCGCCCGAGUGCUCCGCGGCCGGCACGACCACAGUAUCUUUCCCUUCACGAUGGCGAUAUUGUCGACGGGACCUCUCCACAUUCGCCGCAGCCAUCUUCCGACAUACUGAAGCGCUCGACUAAGCCACUGUGGAAACCUAGAUUUCUCAGGUGGCCUCUUCUGCUGUCUACACUCGUGAUUGCUCUGCUACUUGGCCUGGUAGUCAUCUUGCUUCUGGCGAUUUCUGCUGCUCACGACGGUCUAGGCGCAGAUGACGGCUCUUCUACCGUUCUGUUUGGCUGGCGCUUUGCACCUACCCUCGUGACGGUUCUUUACACCAUCCUGACGGCGAUGAUCUACAAUGAUGCGCAGCGGACCGAGCCAUUUGCACAGAUGACGCACGCUUCCGGCGCUCCUUCAGCAUCCAGUAUACUGGAGAGCAGAGCACCGUGGUGGAUUGUGCUCUUGGAUAGCCUCAAGAAGCGCAACAACCACGGCAACGUGAACUUCUUCCUCCUGGCCAUCACCCUUGUCAACGUCAUCGGGUUCUUGCUGAUCAAUCCUUUAUCAUCGGCCCUUUUGCAGAGUCAACCUAUCGACCUGAUCUCAGAGACGUCGUUCUCCCGAUAUCGGGUCGAUGAAAAUGAACCGAUCAGUUUGGUGUCCGAUGACCUCGUCUACUUUCGAACAAUUGGAAACAUCCUCCAGAAUCUCACAACGUCUGCCUGGCUCACAGAUAAAUAUGCGGUCGUACCGUUCUGGCCUUCAUCGGAAACAGCAAACCUUGGAACUACAUUGACGGGCUCCAACCAGCACUGGGAGGCCAACUCGACCGUGCUGUCCGUUGACUUUAAAUGUGAAGCGAUGACGACCCGCACCACGACGUCCGGUGAUGGUGCUUUGAUCCUCACAGACAGCAGUGGAUGCGAGACUUCCAUCGGCGUCUGUGGCCAGAUAGUCACCAGCCUAGGCGGUGGAUCGUGGUUUGCGCCUCCAAAUUUUACCUUGACCGUAUGGGAUAGCCGUACCGAUGCGUCAUCUGGAAAGUGCUACAACAGCACUGCACAAUGCACUGACAAGCAAAUCAUACUGGCGACCAACAGUACCUGGGAGUUUGACCCGAAAUAUGAUGACAGCCUAUGGUUUCACGCUUCCGCAUGGUCCUGCAAGACGACCUUCUAUGGAGCUGACAUGCCCGUCUCUGUUUCGACAGGUGCCAGUGGAACUUCGUUGGCCGUUGAUGACAGUGUGUUCAAUGAUCAUAGGAGCGUUGUCCAGUCUACUGUAUUUGACCAGGCUCGUUUUGAGAGAGCAUUCUUAAAUCGGAAUUGGACGAGCGUGAUAUACACCACGCAACCCUCCCAAUCGCCAAAUUUUGGAGGUGUUUCUGCCCUUUUAGCCGCCCUCUAUGACUUUACGCCAGUCGCAAUGCUGGGAGCAGACUCUGUCGUGGAGCAUGCUCAGAGGAUCAAACAACGUUUCUUGGGCGAAAUGGCCCUGAACACUAUCACGAACAAUUCUCCGGUCACACAAAGCGGCAGCACCACGAAUACCGAGCGCAGAGUCGUUGUAAACCUUCCUGUUGCAAUUGCAUUGGCUGUUUUGUUCACCAUCUCAGCUGGGCUGACUAGCCUUGCUCUUUGGACCUCCCCCAGGCGUUCCCUCAAUCUGCACAACGACCCUGCAUCAGUCGCCGCAGUGAUCAAACUGACCAAUACCAACACCAUACUUCGAGAUUUUUUCAAGGCACGGAAGCCAUUUCAAUCUCUCAAGUCUGAUGCGCACUUAAGGGCUACAAGGCACUUUUUACAAGAUGGGGCUAUAUCGUCUGCCAAGAGUGAUGUGCUGGACCCAGAGGAAGUCAAUAGCAAAAUGGAGAGGCGUAGCAACUGGAAGCCUUUUGCCCUUCAGCUCUACGCUGGACUCCUCUUAUUGCUGUUUCUGGCACUUGUGUUUGCAGCUAUACUGACUCUCUUCACCCUAGCCUAUACAGUGGGUCUCUACGAGUCUGCUUUCACGUACCAGACAGACCUCGUCCCUUCCAAAUCCUCACUAUUUACGUUUGCACCUUAUUCUAUCGUUCCCACCUUUCUGGCUGUAGUGAUUGGCCUGUGGUGGGAUGAUCUUGACGAGACCUUUCGCAGGUUGCAGCCUUAUGUCACCAUGGCUCAGAAAGCUGUACCCAUCUCGCCGAUUGUUGGCUUGUCAUAUCUUCCAACAUACUCGAUUGGCUCUGUGGCCAAGGCACUGAGGAAUAAGCAUGAAUAUGUUGCCUUGGUGUCAGCUGCGGCUGUCCUUGUGCAAGUGUUGACAGUGUCGAUGUCAGCACUCUGGCAAAGAGCUGAUGGAUCUCGGCCAGGCGACAUGACCCUUAUACGCAGCCUAGAACCGAGGACGCAGCCAUUGGUGUAUACAUUGGCGGGUAGUACAUCAAUGGGCUCUGGGGACCUGACGGGACAAGAGAUCAUCUCGAGCUUUUAUGGCGAUCUCUCCACAAAUUGGCUGUACUCAGCUACAUUACAGCUAGCGUACAACGGGUCACAACCGCCGUGGAGUCGUGAUGGCUGGAGUUUUGUACCGGUCGACCUGUCCUCGGUGGCCGACUCUGCCAUGUACAAGAAUACACCAUCGACGAACAAUUCGGACCCAAACUCGGCGUCUUCAGCAAAAACCGUCAAUGUCACGGUCACAACUCCUGCCCUACGUGGCAGUCUCAAGUGCAGUGCUGUGGGACAAGUAAAUAACCUAUCAAGCUGGACAACCGAGUGGGACUUGACCGACCGCAUGGUCUGGAACGUAUCCAAGAAUCCCACCGAGCUUCGGAAGGGCUACGAGGUCAAUGGCAAUUUCGAGCUAGGUGCGAUUGACGAUUUCGCUACGACGCCAAUUCUGGCUCAAGACCAUACGCUGCUGUGCUGCAGGAACACAUCCAGUGUCGAUGCCAACAGCGGGACUUCCGCACUUGGAUACUGGUCCAACAACUACGCGGAAAACCAGAUGUACGACUUCGACGACGCGGACAUCACUUACCCUCGCAACCUCACGAUGAAGUGGAUUCGCGGCACAACAGCGAGUCAGCUAUACAUGAUGAACGAGACCUAUGAAGGAUAUUAUCACGGCGAGUAUGGCGAUUUCCGACAUUUGAUCUGGACCGAAGCGCCGCAAAUGGCGGCCCUCAACUGCCAGCCUCGAAUUGAAUGGACGAACGCGAGCGUGACUGUGGACAUGGCCACCGGUCGCGUGUACAAGUACAAUAUCGAGGACGACGACGCCAUACAGAUCCUCGAGAACGCCUGGAGCGACGCUUAUCUCAACCACGACUACGUAGCUCCCGGCGACAACGCCAGCACGGGACAAUUCCACAACCAGUACACCGUCAGUUUCGGCGUCUUGUUCCAAGACGCGAUGCUCUUUGCUUCGGACCUCAAAUACUUCUGGCCUUCAGGCGGAGGAUCCGAGACUUUCGUCGAGGACCUGGACGACAAGAACUUCAACUUCCGGCUCGACCAACAAGGUCUGAACACCGAUCUCAUGUCGUAUUCAAUGUACCAACUCGCCAACGGCGAUCUAGACGUGCUGAUGGACACGACGCAGAUGGAACAGCUAGGCCAGACGGUCUUCUCGACCUUCUUCCAGCACUUUGUAUCCGCAAACGUCACGGCCGAAGGAGGUUGGGGUUUCCAAAAGAUUGGCGCUACCUUGCCCGCUUACCUCGGCCCCUUGAGCAACGGGACGCAGCCGGAUGCGAAUACCAGCCUGACUUCGGACACGAAUGCGCGCGUGCAUGUCGAGAUCUCGGUGGAAGUCCUCCAGAUGAGUCCGGUUGCUGUGUACUUGUCGCUCGCGAUCCUGCUGGUGUUGAUGCUGGUCGCGCUGUUCGUGUACAGUGUUGGAUAUCGGCGGUUCCGGAAACUCAGGCACGACUUUGAUGAUCUGGCGAGCGUGGUCAGUGUGGUUUGUGACAGUGAGAGAUUGCGCGCGUGGGUGACGGAGCAUCCGGAUCCUGAGACGUGGACGGAGAGAGCAAGGGCGAGAGGAGGGCAAGUGCCGCUCGUUAGGCUGGGCAUGUUCCUUGGGAGUGAUGGCGUGGAAAGAUGGGGGAUAGAAAUUGUCGAAGACGCGGAGGAGGACGAGCAACGUACGACAGCCACCUAACAGUGGGGGAGAGCGGUCGGGGUGGGAGGAGAAUGGCAUCAGGUGGGCUUCAGUGGUGACGACAGACGGUGCAACGAAAGACAUAGCGACCGACACAGCUAGUAACAAGAGACAGUUUUCACGAUGCUGUGCACGCCAUGGAUCUAGGAAAUUCUGAGACCACGAUUUUGAGUAUGGAGUUCCCGUUUCAGCAAAGAACCUCACAAGACUCUGCAGACAUGAUACUCUAAUUAGUCAAAUAGUAUAUCCC